CCUCCCCUCCCUUCCUAGAAGGGUCACUUCCCCAGGUUGCCCAGGGACUUCCGGAGCCCGACCGGAACCGGAAGCUUCUGGGAGCGAGUGGGUGGGGGCGGAAAAUUUUUUAAAAAGCGCGGGUCAAGCUAGAGGACCGAGCUGGCACGGUGGUGGUAACCCCGAAGCGGGACUGUGGCGGGUCCUGAUGGACAACACCGCCUGCUUGAAGUCCUUGCUUCUGACCAUUAGUCAGUAUAAAGCAGUUAAGUCGGAAGCGAACGCCACCCAGCUUUUGCGGCACUUGGAGGUAAUUUCUGGACAGAAGCUCACCCGAUUGUUUACAUCAAAUCACAUACUACCAAGUGAAUGCUUAAGUUGCCUUGUAGAGCUACUUGAAGACCCAAACAUAAGUGCUUCACUGAUCUUAAGUAUCGUCAGUUUGCUAUCUCAACUAGCUGUAGACAAUGAAACCAGAGACUGUCUUCAGAAUACGUACAGCCUGAAUAGUGUGCUGGCAGGAGUGGUUUGUCGGAGCAGUACUUGCCACAGUGAUUCAGUGUUUUUGCAGUGCAUUCAGCUUCUGCAGAGGUUAACAUAUAACGUCAAAAUUUUGCAUUCUGGUGCCAAUAUAGAUGAAUUAAUUACAUUCCUGAUUGAUCAUAUUCAGUCUUCUGAAGAUGAGUUGACAAUGCCUUGUCUAGGAUUAUUGGCAAAUCUUUGUCGGCACAAUCUUUCUGUUCAAACACACAUAAAGACUUUGAAUAAUGUGAAAUCUUUUUAUCGAACUCUUAUAAGCUUCCUGGCCCAUAGUAGUUUAACUGUGGUUGUGUUUGCACUUUCAAUAUUAUCCAGUUUGACAUUAAACGAAGAGGUUGGGGAAAAGCUGUUCCAUGCUCGAAACAUUCAUCAGACUUUUCAACUAAUAUUUAAUAUUCUCAUAAAUGGUGAUGGCACACUAACUAGAAAGUAUUCAGUUGAUCUACUGAUGGAUCUUCUUAAGAAUCCUAAAAUUGCUGAUUAUCUUAUCAGGUAUGAACACUUUUCUUCAUGUCUUAAUCAAGUAUUAGGUCUUCUUAAUGGAAAGGAUCCUGAUUCUUCUUCAAAGGUUUUAGAAUUACUUCUUGCGUUCUGUUCAGUGACUCAGCUGCGCCAUGUGCUUACGCAGAUGAUAUUUGAACAGCCUCCAUCUGGCAGCACCAUUCUGGGAAGCCGUUCUAAGUGUUUAGAACCUCCUGUAGCUCUACUUCGUUGGUCAAGCCAACCUUUGGAUGGAUCAGAAAACUGUUCUAUUUUAGCACUGGAGUUGUUCAAGGAAAUAUUUGAGGAUGUCAUAGAUACUGCUAACUGUUCCUCAGCUGACCGUUUUGUGACCCUUCUGCUGCCUACAUUCCUUGAUCAGCUUCAGUUCACAGAACAAAAUCUAGAUGAGGCCUUAAUAAGGAAAAAAUGUGAAAGGAUGGUCAAGGCCAUUGAAGUUUUGUUAACUCUGUGUGGAGAUGAUGCUCUAAAAAUGCAUAUUGCAAAAAUUCUGACAACUAUCAAAUGUACCACUCUGAUAGAGCAACAAUUUACAUAUGGCAAGAUUGAUCUGGGGUUUGGAACAAAGGUAGCAGAUUCUGAAUUGUGCAAACUUGCUGCUGAUGUAAUUUUGAAAACUCUUGAUUUGAUGAACAAACUUAAACAGUUGGUUCCUGGUAUGGAAGUAAGCUUCUACAAAAUCCUUCAGGAUCCUCGCCUGAUUACUCCCUUGGCUUUUGCUUUAACAUCAGACCGUAGAGAACAAGUACAGUCUGGAUUGGGAAUAUUAUUGGAAGCUGCUCCACUGCCAGAUUUUCCUGCAUUAGUGCUUGGAGAAAGUAUAGCAGCAAACAACACCUAUAGACAACAGGAAACAGAACAUAUGCCCAGAAGAAUGCCUUUGCAAUCAUUGAAUCACAGUUUUCCAACAUCAGUAAAAUGUUUAACUCCUCCACUUUUGAAAGAUAGAGUUCCUGGAUUGAACAUUGAGGAAUUAAUAGAGAAGCUUCAGUCUGGAGUUGUGGUAAAGGAUGAGAUUAAUGAUGUGAGAAUAUCUGACAUAAUGGAUGUAUAUGAGAUGAAACUAUCCACAUUAGCUUCCAAAGAAAGCAGGCUACAAGAUCUCUUGGAAGCAAAAGCUCUGGCCCUUGCACAAGCUGAUAGACUGAUUGCUCAAUAUCGCUGUCAAAGAACUCAAGCUGAGACAGAAGCACGGACACUUGCCAAUAUGUUGAGAGAAGUUGAGAGAAAAAAUGAAGAGCUUGGUGUGUUGCUGAAGUCACAGGAGGUUGAAUCAGAAAGAGCCCAGAGUGAUAUUGAGCAUCUCUUUCAACAUAAUAGGAAGUUAGAGUCUGUGGCUGAAGAACACGAAGUACUGACAAAAUCCUACAUGGAACUUCUUCAAAGGAAUGAAACUGCUGAGAAGAAGAACAAAGAUUUACAGGUCACGUGUGAUUCUCUAAAUAAACAAAUUGAGAGUGUGAAAAAGUUGAAUGAGUCACUCAAGCAACAAAAUGAAAAAACUAUUGCCCAUCUAAUAGAGAAAGAAGAACAGAGAAAAGAAGUACAGAACCAACUGGUAGACAGAGAAUGUAAGCUAGCAAACCUGGCACAAAAAAUAAAAGUACAAGAAGAAAAGAUUGAAGUCUUACAAAGAGAAACGGAAGAUAAAGAAGAAGCCAUUGGUGUCCUUAGAAAAGAGUUAAAUAGAACAGAUCAAAUAAGAAAAGAAUUGAGCAUUAAGGCUUCCUCCCUAGAAGUUCAGAAGGCUCAGUUAGAAGGUCGUUUGGAAGAGAAAGAGUCCCUGGUGAAACUUCAGCAAGAGGAGUUGAACAAACACUCUCAUAUGAUAGCAAUGAUCCACAGUUUAAGUGGUGGGAAAACAAAUCCAGAAACUGUGAAUCUCAGUAUAUAGAUAUUAUGUAUUUUUCUACUGGGAAGGUGGGGUAGGAAAGGUAAUUUGUGACUCCAAAACAAGAGCAAAUUAUUAUCUAAUUAUUAAUUUAGUAAAGAACCUGAUCUGAUACAUGUUUUUAUUUGGUCUUAAAGUUUUACUUCUUGUUUCUGGAUUUUAUUGCUUAAAGCUUUCUUUGGUUUUUACUUCAGAAUAUUCUUCUUAGCCUCCAUUAUUGUUUUUUCUAAGGUGUUUUCUUUUUCCUUAGUUGCUUUCUACUCUCUUCUGCUUGUUUAAUUUAUUCUCAUUUGUGAUUAGAUUUUUAAAAUCAGAUGUCAGUGAAUUUAUUUUUCCUUCUAAUUUUAUUGAGAUAUGAUUGAUACACAGUACUGUAUGAGUUUAAGGUAUACAACAUAAUAAUUUGACUUACAUACAUUAUGGAAUGGUGACCACAGUAGGUUUAGUGAACAUCCAUCAUCUCAUAGAAACAACAUCAAAGAAAUAGAAAAAAAGUUUUUUUCCCUUGUGAUGAGAACUCUUAGGAUUUAUUCCCUUGACAACUUUCAUAUAUGAGGUAAAGAAAGCAGUGUUAAUUAUCUUUAUCAUGCUGUACAUCUCUAGUACUUUGUCUUAUAACUGGAAAUGUGUACCUUUUGAUCACUUUCACCUGAUUCCCCCUUCAUCCCCACUGAGUGAAUCUAAAAUAACUUUAUUACUGCAUUGAAAAUGUAGUAAGAUAUAUGGUAUAAGUUCUAAAUCUUUAAACAUGCAGUGAAUAUUUGCAGAAAUAAUGUAUAAAAGUUAGAAAAUAGGUGAUAUAUUGUGACUAUAUUGUUUGUCACAUAAAAAACUGUAGUAACUUACAGAAUUAUCAAUAUUUAUGAAUUUCUUACAAUUUACAUACAGGUAAUGUGGAUUCUACCUUUGCCACAUAUUCAGAAAUUUAUUUGUUGUUAAUUCUGAUGUGAAUUUCAUUUGAUAUAUUGUCUUUCAUUUACAUAGUUUUUAAUUAGGCUGUUAAAUUUUAAAGCAUGACUUAAAUGUCCUUAUUUAUGUAUUUCUUUGAUACAAGGGAAUUUUUCAGUACUCUUCAUUUGAAUCAAAUGUUCUGAGUAGUGUUUAAGAAGAGUUUUUAUAUUAAAAAUUUUGGUUGAUUUUAUUGCUAUGCUAUUACAACCAUUGAUUUUACUUGGUAUUUUCUUCACUAUUUGUAUCUCUGUUUGACUUAGGUAACUUAGAUUUACUUCUAUUUUUCAACCAUAGUAUAUCUGAAUUUAUAUUUAGAGAAUAUAUUUUUAUAAUUCACUAAUUACAUUAAAUAAUAUCAAACUGAUAGUUCUAUAUAUUUGUAUACAUUUUGUACAGUUCUGCAAAUUUUUUAAAAAACAUUGUGUUGUGUAACACAUUUUAAAUUGCUACUCUUUCCAUAAGGGGUACAUUCUGUUCCUUUUUGAAACUGCAUGCAUUUUCAAUUUAAUAUGAAAAAUAAUGUUGAAAUGGAUAGAUAUGACUGAAGAACAAAAGGCCCUGUAAGAUAAAAACCAAAAAAAUUCUAUAAAAUAAAUACAUAAAUGAAACAAAGAGUUCUAGGGAAAAUCAAGCUAACUUUACAGUUUAGACAUCUCAAGACACUGAGCCUAGCCAAGGGCUACCCAGUUGAACUUUUUGUGGUGAUGGAAAUGAUCUGUAUCUACACUGUCCAGUACCAUAGCCUUUAGCCACAUGAGGCUGCUGAGUGCUUAAAAUGUGUCUAGUGCAGUGGAAUAAUUGAAUUUUUAAUUUUAUUUAAUUUUAAAUUUAAUUGCCAUCCUACUGGACAGUGCAGAUCUAGCCAUUCUUGCAAGUAUGCAUUUGUUUAAGCCACUCAGUUUGCCUAUUCUUAAUGACCUAUAUAGGUAGAGACUCCAUAUGUUUUUCAGCCUUUCUUUAAUACAGUAGUUUUAACCUGUUAAUCUCUUCUCCCUGAAGAAGAAAAGCCAUAUUUCAAAGGUGAGUACUAAUUGUCAUCCACCUUCACUUCUCUUUUUUCAUAGUCUUUCUGUCUCUCGUAGCAUCUUUCAUAUUGUUCCUGUUGUGUUGUUUUUCUUAACCUUAGUAUGUUGGCUACCUUUUUUUUUUUUUUUUACUUUUUGGUUCUGUGUACCUCAGAUCAGAAAAACAAGUGUGCAUGUGUAAAUGUAUUUUUUCUUCUUUUGUAAAAAAUUUUAUUUUAAGCAAGUUUGAGUCACUACCAUUGUCAGAGUUUUACAAAUGAUUUCUAUGUGUGUAUUCCCAUUUCUUAAUGGGGAAUACAAAACUAAGUAAAUGCAUCAUUAUAUUAGAAUUGUUCAUAUUCUCUAAGAAUUUUGCUAUAAAGAGUUUGAAUCCAAGUGUACAUUAACACACUUCCUUAUACUGUUUAAACUUGCUACUUGAACAAAUAGAGUUUCCAUGGCUGAUUGGAGUUAUACUAAACUGUCAUCUGUUUAAUGUCAGGGCAGGAAAAAAAUGCUCAUUAAAACUUAAUGCUGUGUUGGGGGAAAAUUGUCAGAUUAGUGCCCUUUUAGUUUUCUUUAUUAUAUGUUGCAAAAACUAGUUAUUUAUGUUAAGGAUAUAGUGAGGUUCUAUCUUGAGUUAGGACUGUUAGUUAAAUGAAAAUGUAACUGAAUUUCAACUUCUACUUGAGGCUCAUUCUUAUAUGUUAUAGAUACCUCUAAUCAAGGUAUAGUCACUGAAAUACAUAACCCUAUUUUACUUUGAUAUUUUUCUUUUCCUCUUUUCAAAUAGUUAUGAAUCGUAUUUACUACUUUGCUUUUGACUUGCCUACUGUUGGAUAAAACACAUGUCCUGUGUGUGACUUAAUUCCCUUGCAGAAAUCAGCACACAUUUUCUGUAAAGGGCCAGGUAGUAAAUAUUUUAGGUUUCGUGAGACAUACAGUCUCUCUUACAACUACUUAACUCUGCAAUUGUAGCAUGAAAGUAGCCGUCCACAGUACGUAAAUAAAUGGGCAUGGCUGUGUUCUGAUAAAAUUCUAUUUAUAAAAGCAGUGGAAACUUUGCUAUUAAAUGUUAUAUCUUACUGAUUAAUUUGACCCUUUUAUCAUUAAGAAAUGUAUCACUUUAUCUUUGGUAAUCUUUGUCUUCACAUCUAUUUUAUUUGAUAUUAAUAGCCUUUUUAUGUUUUCUGUUGGCCAGGUAUAUCCUUUUUUUUUAAUCAACUUUUAACCUGUGUCUUAUAAAAUGCAUGACUUGUAGACAGUAUAUAAUUGGGUCUUGCUUUUUUACCUGUUUUGACAAGUAAGUCCUUAACUUUCACAUUCCACUUGGAGUUAAUAUUGUACUACUUAACAUAAAAUGUAGAAACCUGACCACUAUGUGGAUUCUCUUAUCCUCAUCCUUUAUGCUGUGGUUGACAUGUAUAAGUAUAUACAUUAUUGACCCCCAAAACAAUGUUGUGGUUUUUGCUUUAAACAAGUAUAUAGAAAUACCCUGGCUUUCAACAUCAUAAUAUAUUUACCUAUCUUCACACAAUAAGACACACAAAGUAGUGCCUUCAAUGUAGCGUUACUAUUUUUCCUUCUGGAAAUAAUAAAUAACUUGUGGGAAGAUACCGCAAAUAUCCUGUUUCUUCCAACUUUUGCCUACUAGUUUUCGUGUCCAUUGAUGAUUCUCACUUGAAUCAGUUAUUACUCAGAUGGUUGCCAAGUGGUUAUUUGCUUUUACUUUUUUAAUAGGAGACUAUUGAACAUUUUGUUAAUACUAUGAUAUACUGGGCGUAACAGUCUAAAUUGCAUUAUCUGUUACAUCAUUGACAAAAUACAGUGCUUACAGUUUUACAAUUAAUAGAGUAUGUACUUUUUUGUUUGCAUAUUCCCAUAAGCCAAGAAUUUUGAGGUUUGCUUUCUGUAAUUUGAGAAAAUAAAUAAUAUGUAUGUUAAGCAUAUUGAAUAUUUUUUCAAACCAUAGAGCCCUUUUGAUAUGAUCUUCCUUCCCAAGCUCCCUAAUUUCACAAUUGCUCAUUUGGAUUAUAAGAUUCUGUUUGUUUCAGUCACUUGGCCUUGGCUCUCUCAGUGAUCUCCAAUAAAUAUUAAAUGCAUGUUACCUGUAAUGAUAAAUAUUUUGAGUUAAGAAACUGAUUGUAUAUUUUUAGCAUUCACUGAGUUUACACUCAAGAUAAUAAAUUUUAAAGAAAUAAUUAAGAUGAACAAAAAAAUAUGACCUAUGCCUUUAAAAGGUAGAUGGUUUAUUUUAUUUUUAUAAUACCGAUAAUGAGCCUGAUAAGUACUUGAAAUCGCAUGCCUCUGUAAUCCAUAAGUUGAGAGGAAGCAUUGUAAAAAUUAAAAAAGCAUGGGUUCUUUGAGAUGCACAUGUCCUAUCUGGUCUUCUGAGGAACCCUUAUCUCUGCCAUCUUUUUAAAGGCAAAUUUUAAAAAGAUGGUAAAGUAAUUUAGAACUUGACUUGUCAAGGAUAAAUAGAAAUCUUAAGUGUCUUUUCUGUAAACACUAGUGAAAAGGGUUUAGCCAUCCAGGUAGGUGACCUUGAUUUGUUCCAUCUGCUAGAAGCCCAAUUUGAAUCCAACCCCUUGUAACUGAUGGCUUUUAUGUUGUACCUGACUGAGGGCUGAAAUCUUGAAUGGGAACUAUGAGGCCUCUGUGUUUGUUGUGUGUUCAUAUGUAUCUAUAUGUGUGUUGUAGGUGUAUGAUAUUGCCAAAAAUGAAUUCAUAAGAGAGGUCUACUUAAUUGGCAUUAAAAAAAAAUUAGGUGCUUAUAUAAAUACUCAAAUAAAAAACAAUCUGGCCAGAAUGAAUUUUCAGGUUCAUGUCAUCUGGAAACUGAUAUCUGGCAUUGAAGGUGUAUUAAGCUUGUUGGUUUGAUUAAUAUAGACAUGUUUCUAGAGUCAUCAACGUUAAACAUAAUACUUCUGUUAUACCUUGGUUUAUUAGAGGUCAAAUAAGACCUUAUUCUAUCUGUUACAAAUUUGUCAACAAGAAAGGUAACUCAAUGUGAAAAAACUUUUAAGAAAAGUAAGAUACGUGUUUUUAGUAAAAGAAGUGAGGAUGAAAAAUACUGAAAAGAGUUAUGCAUGAUUAGGAUUUUGUAAGGUUCGAUUGAAUUUAGUUGGUAAAUGGAUUUUGUUAGGAAUGGGCUAGAACAAGACUGGAUUUGGUUUCUCCCUCCGAAGUAUUCUUGAAAUGCUUCUUUUGACAACAGAUUUAUGUGAGUUUCUUUGACUUUAAGUGACUUGUGUUUGCUUUUGAGCUCUUUUGUAACUUUGGCUAAGAAAUAAGUAUUGUCUCACGGUGACCUAUGAUCCUAUUUGACCAAGUGUUUUAAAACUUUUUGAAAAACUUCCCAAAUACCAAAUUUUAAUUGUUUCUUUUGAUUUCCAGCUAACUUUGGGGUACUUUAGAGGGCCCCUGAGGUAUGUUAAAGAGAAAUAUUUAACUAGGAUUAUUUGGUAUGUUAAGUUAAAUGUAAUCAGUUGUAAUUCUGUUUUUUAUAACCAAGUUUCUUUAUCGAUUACACUGUAAUCAGACGUUUUACCAUGCCUUUUAAGUCUUUUGUCAUUUAUAGAUAUUUUUGUACUCUGAAGCUGUUACAAAAAUUGCUUCAUCAUCAAGGAGAUUCAUAGAAGGGCUAUGGAAACAGUUUUUCCACACCAAGUUGAUGGCUAUGCGAGGAUUCCAGCCUAUACCAACUUAAAACAAGGUUUCCUGCCCCUGGGGCCCCUAGAUCAGGCAUCCAGAGAUUUUUACUCCCUGACAGGUAGGGUCGACGCUCCUACUCAGCCCUGAAGCAGUUACAGAAGACAGACCAUCGCCCUUCUGCUUCCCAUAAGAAUAUGGGAGUAAAAUCUCUGAGGGGGGAAUGAAACAGGAGGAGGCAGGGCAGAACAUUUGAAAGAAUGAUACAGCCCAAGGACACAACAUAAACUGAUUAGAACCAAAUGGAUCCAAGAUGGCAGACAAGUAGACUUCCACUAGACCUUGAGCCUCAGUAUACACUCACAUCAGCAAGCUAAAUGACACACCCACAGGCACCAUGACAGUUCCAAGACUGACCAUAAGGAUCAAAAAGUAGGCGGUGGCCCAAUUCCUGGAAAUCCCUGCCCCUUCCUAAAAUAGAAUACUCCUCCCACUCAUUAGCCUAUGAAAUUACCCACUCCUAUAAAAACUGACAACCCCAUACCCUGGUGCCUUUCUCACCUGAGAGGGCCCACACUCUGGAGUGUGUUUCUAAAUAAAUCCACUUCUUAACUAAAAAAAAAAAAGGGUUCCUUUGAAUCUGCAAUUUACUUUGAAGUUUUAUGCAGUCUUACUCUGCUUAGCAUUUUGUAGCUAAUUGACUUUCUUCCUGUCGUACAAAGAGGCCUAUUUUGUUUAUGCUUGUGUUUAUCUAAGCAUUUCAAAAAUACCCUAGAGAAAACAUAAUUAUCAUCAUGAAUGAAGAAGUACCUUAAUUCUCAGAACCCAGCUUUUUUGCACAUUGAGCCACAAAUAGCCCUUCAUAAAGAAACUAAAUGUGAAAAGAAGUAUCUUUCAUCCCAACUAAAUGCACUUUUUUUGUUAUCUAAUUCCCCAAGGACCCAGCAUUCAUAUGCUUUUUUUAUUUUCGGUUUUUUAAAAAAUUUAUUUUCUUGAAGUAUAGUUGAUUUACAAUGUUGUAUUAGUUUCUGGUGUACAGCAAAGUGAUUUAGUUAUGUAUAUUUUUCAGAUUCUUUUGCAUUAUAGGUUAUUACAAGAUACUGAAUAUAGUUCCCUGUGUUAUACAGUAGGACCUUGUUUAUCUAGUUUAUAUAUAGUGGUUUGUACCUGUUAAUCCCAAACUCCUAAUUUAUCCCUUCCCACCUUCCCCUUUGGUAACCGUAAGUUUUUCUAUGUAAGUCUGUUACUCUUUUGUAAAUAAGUCCAUUUGUAUCAUAUUUUAGAUUCCACAUAUGAUAUCAUAUGAUAUUUGUCUUUCUUUUACUGACUUCACUUAGUAUGAUAAUCUCUAAGCCAUCUAUGUUGCUGCAAAUGACAUUAUUUAUUUACUUUUUAUGGCUGAGUAGUAUUCCAUUGUGUAUGUGUGUGUGUGUGUGUGUGUGUGUGUGUGUGUGUGUACCACAUUUUCUUUAUCCAUUCAUCUGUCAAAGGACAUUUAGGUUGCUUGGCUAUUGUAAAACAUUGAGAUGCAUGUAUCUUUUCAAAUUAGAGUUUGCUCUGGAUAUAUGUCCAGGGGGAGAUUGCUAGAUCAUAGGAUAACUGUUUAGUUCUUUAAGGAACCUCCAUACUGUUCUCCAUAGUGGCUGCACCAAUUUACAUUCCCACCAACAGUGUAGGAGGGUUCCUUUUUCUUCACACCCUCUCCAGCGUUUGUUAUUUGUGGACUUUUUAAUGAUGGCCAUUCUGACCAGUGUGGGGUGAUGGCUCGUAGUUUUGAUUUGCAUUUCUCUGAUAAUUAGUGAUGUUGAGCAUCUUUUCUUGUGCCUGUUAGCUAUCUUUAUGUCUACUUUAUAGAGAAAUGCCCAUUUAGCUCUUCUGCCUAUUUUUUGAUUGGAUUGUUUGUUUUUUUGUUAUUGAGUUAUAUGAGUUGUUUGUUUAGUUUGGAAAUUAAGCCCUUGUUUGGUCACAUCAUUUGCAAAUAUUUUUCUCCCAUUCUGUGAGUUGUUUUUUUGUUUUGUUCAUGGUUUCCUUUGCCGUGCAAAAGCUUAUAAGUUUGACUAGGUCCCAUUUGUUUAUUUUCUGUUUUAUUUCUUUUGCCUUACAAGACUGAGCUAAGAAAACAUUGGCUACAGUUUAUGUCAGUGAAUGUUUUGCCUAUGUUCUCUUCUACGAGUUUUGUGGUGUCCUAUCUUAUAUUUAAGCCUUUAAGCCAUUAUGAGUUUAUUUUCGUGUAUGGUGUGAGGGUGUGUUCUAACUUUAUUGAUUUACAUGCAGCCGUCCAAUUUUCCCAACACCACUUACUGAAGAGAUUUUGUCUUUUCCCCAUUGUAUAUUCUUGCCUCCUUUGUCAAAAGAUUAAUUGACCAUAGGUGUGUGGGUUUAUUUCUGGACUUUCUAUUCUGUUGCAUUGAUCCAUGUCUGUGUUUGUGCCAAUACCACACUUGUGAUUAUUGUAACUUUGUAGUAUUGUUUGAAGUCUGGGAGGGUUAUGCCUUCAGCUUUAUUCUUUUUCCUCAGGUUUGCAUUGGCAAUUCUGGGUCUUUUGUGAUUCCAUAUAAAUUUUAGGGUUAUUCUAGUUCUGUGAAAAAUGUUAUAGGUAGUUUGAUAGGGAUUGCAUUAAAUCUGUAGAUUGCUUUGGGUAGUAUGGCCAUUUUAAAGAUACUAAUUCUUCCAACCCAAGAGCAUGGGAUAUCUUUCCAUUUCUUUAAAUCGUCUUCAGUUUCCUUUAUCAAUGUAUAGUUCUCAGCGUAUAAGUCUUUCACCUCCUUGGCCAGACUUCUUUAGUGUAAAGAAACGCAACAGAUUUAUGUAUGUUAAUCUUGUAUCCUGUUACCUUGAUGAAUAUGUUUAUCAGUUCUAGUUUUUGUGUGGAGUCUUUAGGGUUUUCUGUAUAUAGUAUCAUGUCAUCUGCAUAUAAUGACAGUUUUAUCUCUUCCCUUCUAAUUUGGAUACCACAGAGGGUUUUUUAUAUGAAGUCUAGCCAGUGCUGAAUAAGAGAAUGACAUUUUCAAAGUCAAUAGAGUAGGUUGAGUUACAGUUUCAUUAUGUUAUUAGAAACUAAUUUUUCACUAAGUAGCUGAGCAUUUGGCAGGGAUUUAGUAGUGAACAUGAUUCUGCCUCUCUGUUAACAUUAUGUACACACUUAUUCCAAGAGUUAUAUUUCACCUCACUUAUCUCAAAGAGCCAAAAGAUAACAACGUAUUAGAGUAGCCUUAUUCUUUUUGCAAACUUCAAAUAAAAAAGCUUAUGAUUAGCCCUUAGAAAAGACAACACUGUUCAUGUUCAGUUAAGCAGGGUUUUUCUUUACCCAAAAGUAAAGACUAGUAUUAACUACUACAGACUAGUUUCUAUAAAGCUCACAGUUAAUCAGCAUGUUAGAGCUCUGGAUUCUUAAAGAACAGUGAGCCCAGGCCUCAUGCGUUUCACAAAGAUAUUUAAACUUUAUAUUGCAUUUUCUGAAAAAAGACCCGAUGAUUCAAACACAAACUGAUAUGUGAUUAAAAAAACAUGUAUUAUGGGCAGUUUCACUUCUGGGAAUUUAUCGUAAGGAAAUAAGGAUGUGCACUAAGAUUUAGGUACAGUAAUAUUCAUUACAGCACUGUUUAUUGUGGCACAAAAUUGGAAGCAAUCCAUGUAUACAGUUAGAGGAGUAAAGUACAUUCAUUCAAUAGAAUAAUGUGUUGCCUUUCAAAAACAAAGAUAUUGAAAUGUAUAAGUACAUGGAAAGAGAUUCCUGUUGUGUUAAGUGCAAAAAGCAGGACACCAGACUAUUUGUAAACAAGGAUUCAUUUCUCUGCCUAUCUUUAGGACAUAAAUAUAUAUAUCUUGUAGGUGCAUAUAAAUAGGUAUGUGUACAUAUACAUAUUAUAAAUGAUGAAGUGGUUGCCUCUGAGUAAUGAAAUUGUUUAUUUACAUUCUAAAAUUUUAAAAUAAAUUUAACUUUUUAAAACCA